AUGGUUGACAUCCCGGCUACGCUUUACUGGAGCUGGAGUGGUGGAUGGCCUAAUUUCACUUUCUAUGACCACCAAGCUCACGAGAACUAUACCAUCGGGGGCAUUACGAACCUCAAGGUCGGCGCGACCAACUAUAUUUAUGCUGCCAACUCUGCUAGCGUGUCUGCAUCCACUCCUACGGCUUCGUCUACUCCCUAUCCCUCCCCCACUAUGGUCGCCGGUGGUGGCCCCGAACGCCCGCCAAUCCGUGGGGGUCCAGAGAUCAACCCUUUCCAGAGGGGCGAGGGGCCUAAGGUUUGA